ACUGUUAUCCGAACAGUUUCACGUGAAAAAAUGUUUUAACGUUAAAUGUGAUUAAAUCUUCUUUCAUUUGUUCUAUUAAUUAAUUAAGUAUGGCGGAACGGCCGAAAAGGGUCAAAGUAGCCUGGAGCGACGACCUUAGUCAUGACUCUGAAGAAGAGAGAGAACGGGAACGCAUUGCUCAGUUGGAGCGUGAAUUAGCAGAACAACCCGUGAAGCCAGUCUAUCCAGAAGGAGAUCUGGAAAAACUGAUAGGUUUUAUCAUGAGAAUGACUACACUUUACGACCUUAGAGACGAAGAUUGGAACCAGGGGACAAAGGAUAAGAUCGAGGAAUGGAUUUUAGAACCUCGCUCUCUUAUGCUCUGCAUCUUCUUUAGAGGCGAAGUAUUAAAGGCUUCUCUAGAUAUACCCCUUGCCCCUGUAUACGAUUUGAUGUAUUUUAUCCGACCACCGGAUUAUGUUUUUAAAGUCGAGACAUUUCAUGAUGAUGUUAUUUUCGGCACUUUCGUUUAUUCUGUUGAAUCAAACAUGAUACAGGUCUUGGAGUCGGUUUUUGCUCCUUAUUUCUUCGCUGUAACUACUUGGCCGGAGAGCGUAAAGAGUGAAUUUUGUUCUCACUUACACACUUUUCUCGCAAAAUUAACGGACAUGUAUUACAAAAUGUUGGGGCUGACCGUCUUGUACAUCCCACGCGAAGGCCAGCAACUCUCUUUCGAGCAGGCGAGCGCUGACCGCGAGCUGGUGAAGAGGCUAGAAGGUGUGGUGGUCUACUGGACGCACCAAAUCAAAUCUUGCGUAGAAGACCACGCAUCCGUGUCUUCCCAAAAGGAACUACUAUGCCCUAGUGAUGAGUAUGACUUUUGGGUUUAUAGACAUGAAAACUUAAACGCUCUGCUAUACCAACUGCAAAAUCCAGCUGUAAAGCACAUUACUAAGAUCCUUGUGACAACACAUUCCACUUUCAUACAUCAAUUCCAAGCGCUGUGCGAAGAAAUAGUGCAGAAGAUUAAAGAGGCGACAUCGAAUAUUGAAUUUUUGCAAGUCAUCAAACAACCCUGCGCCGUACUCGAGUGUGUCGUCGACCCUGAUAAAAUUUCAAAGCAUAUCCCACAAAUUAUAAACCUAUUCAGAUUCAUCUGGAUGGAGUCUCCAAAUUACAACUCUGAAGCUCGUAUUACGAACCUGUUCAAGGCACUUAGCAACCAGAUUAUAAUUCUAUGCAAGAACUACAUCCAGUUGGACGAUCUCUUCGAAGGUCAGACGAAGAAGGCUCUCGGUGAGUUCAGCAAGUGUAUAGACUGCUGCAAGAAGUACAGGGAGAUUUAUGACGUGAUGGUGGAAGCACACACAGCAGAGAAGCCUGGCAGCUGGGAGUUAGAUUCAGGAUCUAUUUUCAAUUACAUUGACUCGUUCAUUCAGCGAUGUUUUGAUAUGCUUGAUGUUUGUAAUUGCAUGAUUAUAUUCGGAAGAAUCGAUGAAAUAGAACAGAUAAAUAAGCCGAUUUUUGCGGGCGCUAACGGCGACCAGUUCGAGGCGAAGUGUGACCAGAUUGAAAAGAUGUUCAGCGUCGCGCUGGGGUUGGUGAGGAAGGUUGCGCACACCAUACUUGAUGUGCAGGCACCGUCGUGGUACGACGACAUACUGCAGUUCAGAUCAACGAUAAAAGAUAUCGAGAUAAUAAUUGAAAACCUGGUGGAAUCGGUGUUCGAGGGCGUCAACCACGUGGAAGAGGCGGUAGUGGCCCUCUAUUCGCUUCACAACUACUCCCGAAGACAGAACUUGAAGCGUAUCUUCAAAAGGAAGACUGCUGAAGUGUGGGCAAUGUUCAGCGACGCAGUGCAAGAGACCAAGAAGGAUAUGGUGUCGACCCGCGGCCAAUACCCCUCCGAUCUGCCGCCGUUCGCAGGAAAAGCUGUGGUACUCAAGACGAGGAAGAAUAGAUUGAUUUAUUUAAAAAAUGUGAUGCGUGACGCGUCCGUGUGGAUGAUGAAGUGCAGCAGCUCAGAAGAUGUGAUCAUGCAUGUCAACCGUCUCGUCGGCGCCAUCGACGUCAACAUACGCGAGAUUUGGAUAGCUUGGACGCACAACCUUGACGAAAGAUGUAGCGCUGGUCUGAACAGAACGUUAAUGAGGAAGAGCUCUGAGAACGCGGGCCUAAUGGAAUGCAAUAUGGACGUAAAUAUACUAGAGCUGUGUAAAGAAGCUACGCAUUGGGAGAACCUGGGCUUGGAUAUACCACUGCACGCGUUUCAGGUGUACAUGAAGAGUAAGACGCUGCUGUACGUAUACGAGAACGUGCUGGCCGUGGUGAAGGGCUACAACAAGAUAUUAGACUCACUCUCUGAACCGGAGAGGCUUCUUUUCAAACCACUCAUAUCUGCGUGUGAGAGAAAAGUACAACCAGGAAUUUCCAAGUUGACUUGGACGUCUACCAUGUCUGACGAAUAUAUCGCAGACUGUGUGACUCAGAUUGGAGAGUUACAAGAUUUUCUAACAACGUACAAAAACUGCAACGUGAAUUUGGUUAAAAUUAUGGAAAAAAUAUGUGAUACCCCGUUCAUAGAAUUUGAUAUUUACAACGUAUUUGAUAUUAAGGAUCUUAGAGCACACGUCCGAACAAUGGAAGCAGAAGCAGCGGCAAAAAUAUUAGAAAUGUAUAAGGAGAUUAUAAUUUACCUUGUUAUUGUGUACGAAGGAUUUGAAGCACAAAUAACACAAAUGGCCGACCAGUGGGUGAAGUAUGUAAGAAGAUUCGACCGUAUUUUAGAAGAUGCUCUACGUCUAUCUAUUAAGGCAACGAUGCAAAAUAUGUAUAAAUGCGUACAUGGAGACGGAACGAUGGCGCCAUCGCCAUUAAUCAAAAUGAAUCUUUAUCUAUCGGGAAAGAGAAUCGUUUUUAUUCCGACCACUUACGAACUACGUGAAACUUUUACCACCGUUCUUGAGGAAAUAAUACACAUAAUGAGCACCAUACCACGACUUUACGAGAAGUUCUCGCUUCCUUCUGGUGGUUUGAAACGAUUUUGUGAGGUUAUUAAAGUCGACACAGACAGUAACAAAUUGCAAGCGCUAAUUGAUGCAGAGAUCGAAUUUAAUAUUAAUCUCAUAAAUGAUCAUAUAAAUAUGUGGGAUCCUUACGCACAUAUCUGGGAGGUUGACAAGGAAGCAUUUUUGGCUAAAUAUCUUGAAGAGAAACACAAAGCUAUAGAGUUUGAUAAUUUAAUAAUAACCUACACAGACUUAGCUAACACUGUUCAAGUCCAAGAAACUGUUAAUCAGAUACAUUUCGUCACAUUAAACUCUAGUGAAUUGAAAAAAUCUAUAAUUGCUCAUUGCUUAACCUGGCAAGUUAAGUUAGGCGAAUUGUUGCGAAAGAUUACCGAAUCGGAUAUUGAUGUUGUAUACGCGUAUGUCGAAAAAAGCAGUGAAGAAGCCAUGACGAUGCCAACAGAUUUAAAAGAACUCGCAACAUCUAUAGCUACUUAUGAGCGCCUUAUGUCUGAAAUCGUCGCAAUGGAACAAACAUUCCCACCUAUAACUGACCAAAUGUCAACAUUAGCAAAGUUUGAAGUUGAAGUUAGCUCAGAUAUGGUGACCCGUCACGAAAACAUUCCUAUUAUUUGGAAUGACUAUAUAAAUUUACUCGAAGAAGCGAAGAAGCUCUUGGAAUCCAAUAAAGAUAAGUUUAAAACGGAGUUAUUAGAGCAAGCGGAGGAAUUUAAAGAAGCCGCCAAAGAAUUCUGUGAAGAAUUUUACAAAACAGCACCUUGCAGUUCAGAUAUAAGUGGUAAAGAUGCUAUGGCACAAUUGAAAGCUUUCAGAGAUCAGUUGAAUGCUCUGAGAGCACAAGAGCAACAAAUACGAGAUGGACUUGCUGUAUUUAAUUUAACGACACCGGUCAAUCUGGAUCUGCAGAAAAUGGAAAAGGAGCUGGAGAAACUGGAGGAGGUUUGGGGGCUGGUCGUACAAUGGGAGGAUUCUUGGGAGAAAUACAGAACGCAAACUUUCUGGGAAAUGGAAACUGACGAAAUGGAAGAAAAUGUUCUAUUCCUCUUCAGGAAUUUUAAUCGUCUUUCACGACAGCUUAAAGACAAGGGAUGGGAUAUUAUAGACACCACUCGGGUUAAAGUUGAUGCUUUCAGAAGAACAUUGCCAUUAAUUGGUGAUUUGAAAAAUCCCUGUAUGAGAGAAAGACAUUGGGAUCGAAUUAAAACUCUCAUGGGCGUUGAAUUUGACCAAACUUCGGAAGAUUUUAAAUUAGAAUUGAUUAUGCGUCUAAAUUUCCAAGCGUACGCUGAGGAUAUUGCUGAAAUAUCAAACGCUGCUACAAUGGAAUUAAAUAUAGAAAAUGGUUUGAAAGCGAUCAGAGAGGUGUGGAAGAAUACUACUUAUGAAAUGCAACACCACCAUGGAGACAUGUAUAGGAUUAAAAAUGUCGAAGACGUGACACAGUUUCUAGAAGACCACCAAGUGCAACUUUCAUCUAUGAAGUCCACAAAAUACGUGGAGCCCUUUAUAAAAGAAGUCGACUACUGGGAAAAGUCAUUAGGAUACGUCGCAGAAUGCAUAGAGAUAUCUUUACAAGUGCAACGACGCUACCUCUACCUUGAAAUCAUAUUCGGUGGCGAGGAUAUUAGAAAACAAUUGCCAGAAGAAGUAAUAACGUUUGAUGCAUUAACGGCCGAUUGGACUGACAUUACUAUGAACAUGAAUGCUGGAGUCAACGCAAUCGAAGCGUGCAUGUAUAAACCGGCACCAUUUUUGUAUAACAAGCUCAAUACAAUGGUCGAUAACUUAGAUGGAAUAUUAAGAUCGUUAGAGAAAUAUCUUGAAACAAAAAGGCAGAUAUUUCCACGUUUUUACUUUAUUUCUAAUGAUGAUCUUUUAGAAAUUCUGGGUAAUUCCAAAAAACCACAACUGGUACAGGUACAUCUCAAAAAAUUGUUUGACAACGUUAACAAGAUAAGAAUUGAUAAGAAUGCAGUCGGCCUCCCUAUAGCCAAAGCUAUGAUAUCAGAGGAUGGAGAGGUUAUUGAAUGGAAGCACAGUGUGUUGCUGGAUGGACCUGCUGAGUUAUGGCUGUUAGGCUUGGAACAUAUGAUGAGGGUAGUUUUAAGAGAGCAAUUGAUUCAAACUCGCUUGGCGCUGAGAAAGUGUCGAUACCAGAGAGAGCAAUGGAUCAACGACUGGCCAGGACAACUUGGCAUCACCUGCAGCAAGAUCCAAUGGACUUCAGACUGCACGAGGACUCUUUGCCGCUGUGAGAUCAUGAAAGAGAAGAAACCAAUGAAGAAGUUGAGGAAGAAACAGAAUCAAAUCCUCACGACGUUGCAGAACAUGUCUAGGAAAGAGAUCUCCAAGAUACUGCGUUGUAAAGUCAACGCCUUGUGUGUUAUUGAGAUACAUUCGAGGGAUUGCGUCGAUAAAUUGUAUAAAAUGGGUUGCAUGACGGUGACGGCAUUCGAAUGGUUCUCCCAGCUGAAGUUCUAUUGGGACCGCGAGCGCGAGGAUUGCUACAUCCGACAGACUAACACCAGCUUCAUCUACACUUACGAGUAUAUAGGGAACUCGGGACGACUUGUUAUUACACCGCUCACUGACAGGUGCUACAUAACGCUGACAACAGCAUUGCAUCUAUACCGCGGCGGCAGUCCUCAAGGCCCGGCCGGUACUGGCAAGACGGAGACAACCAAAGACUUAGGCCGUGCGAUGGCAAGAUGGGUUGUCGUCACCAACUGCUCUGAUGGCCUCGACUACAAGUCUAUGGCGAAGUGCUUCGCUGGCAUAGCGCAGAGUGGCUGCCGGUUCCUCUUCGAGGGUUUUGACCUGAAACUUGAUGCGAACUGCGGCAUCUUUAUCACCAUGAAUCCUGGUUAUGCUGGUCGUACGGAGCUUCCUGAUAACUUGAAGUCUAUGUUCCGUCCGAUAGCGAUGUGCGUACCGGACUCUCUCAUCAUUGCUGAGAACACGCUCUUCUCUGACGGAUUCACAGCCUAUAAGCUUAACGCUAAGAAGGUGUUCACGUUGUACCAACUGGCGAUGCAGCAGUUAUCGAAACAGGACCACUACGACUUCGGGCUGAGGUCUAUGGUAGCGCUGCUGCGGUAUGCCGGCGUCAAGCGCAGAGCGUAUCCUAACCUUCCAGAACAGGAGAUAGUAAUCCUGGCGAUGCGAGAUAUGAAUGUGGCGCGUCUGACCGCGAAAGAUGUUCCUCUGUUCAACGGCAUCAUGCAGGACAUCUUCCCCGACGUGGAGGUGCCCACGCUCGAUUACGAGAUGCUGGAAACGGCCAUCUCAGCGGAGAUGAGGCUCAUCGGCUUGCAGCCGGUGAAAGCCGCUUUAUUGAAGGUUAUACAGACGUAUGAAACUAAGAACUCCCGUCACUCGAGCAUCCUGCUGGGGGACACGAACACGGCGAAGUCAGUGUCGUGGAAGAUGCUGGCGGCGACGGUGACGCGGCUGCACCGCGAGGGCGUGCCGGGCUUCGAGGCGGUGCAGGUGUAUCCUAUGAACCCCAAAGCGCUGACGCUGGGCGAGCUGUACGGCGAGUACAACCUCGCCACCGGCGAGUGGAAGGAUGGCGUGCUUUCCGCCAUCAUGCGCACCGUCUGCCAGGAUGAGUCUCCGGAGCAGAAGUGGAUAGUAUUUGAUGGGCCGGUGGACGCCAUCUGGAUAGAGAAUCUUAACUCGGUGAUGGACGACAACAAGCUGCUCACACUAGUCAACAGCGAGAGGAUAUCCAUGCCUCCACAGGUGUCCUUGUUGAUAGAAACACUAGAUCUAUCGGUAGCCUCGCCGGCUACAGUGUCACGUAACGGGAUGGUAUACAACGACUACCGGGAUUGGGGCUGGGGGCCAUACGUCAACUCCUGGCUUGAUACUGUCGACGAUAUUGAUUACAGAGAUAUGUUGCGUCGCCACUUCCAAAACAUCCUGAGCCCGGUGCUGGCGCUGAAGCGCGCGGUGGGCGAGGGGCUGCGCGGCCACGAGCUGAGCGGCGUGCGCGCGCUGUGCCGCCUGCUGGCGCGCAGCCCGCCGCCGCCGCACCCCACCGACGAGGACGACGACACCUUCGCCAAGAUGAGAUUCCUCUUCGCGUUGAUCUGGUCUGUUUGCGCGACCCUGGACGAGGACGCACGCCGUCGCCUGGACAACUGGAUCCGAGAGCACGAGGGAGUUUUCCCCCUGAAGGAUACCGUCUAUGACUACUACCUGGAUGAGAGGCUGCGCCAGUUCCGACCCUGGGAAGACCGACUGCCGGAUAAUUGGCGAUUCAAUCCAGCCUUAGGGUUCCACUCUAUCUUGGUCCCGACGGUGGAGUUCAUCCGGGUGCAGAUAAUAUCGCUGGAGCUGCUGAAGGGGGGUCACGGUGUACUGGUGGCGGGCCCCACAGGCACCGGCAAGACUUUCCUCAUACAGGGCACGCUCUCGCAAUUAGAUCCUGAAAGGUACAGCAAUCAGGUCAUCAACAUGUCUGCGCAGACCACUGCCGCUAAUGUUCAGGACAUGAUCGAGGCUCGUCUGGAGAAGAGGACCAAGGGGAACUAUGUACCUGCAGGAGGUAAGAAGAUGAUAGCGUUCAUGGACGAUAUCAACAUGCCGGUGAAGGAUGAGUACGGGUCUCAGCCGCCGCUGGAGCUGGUCCGUCUCUGGCUGGACUACGGUUACUGGUUCGACAGGCACAAGCAGUGGAGGAAGAAUGUUAAGGAUAUGGUGCUGUGCGGCGCAGCUGGCCCGCCAGGGGGUGCGCGCAGCCACCUUCCCCCACGCCUACUCUCCUGCUUCCACGCCUUCUUCUUACCUUCUCCCACGCACCAGCAGCUCAUCAAGAUCUUUGGUACCAUGCUGGCACAGCACCUUAUGGAAUUCGACGAGGAGACGAAAACUGUUGGUAAGAUAGUGCUGGUGGCAACAAUCGACAUGUUCAACAAUAUAGUGGCAAAGCUAUUGCCGACGCCCAGCAAGAUGCACUAUCUAUUCAACUUGCGAGACAUCUCCAAGAUAUUCCAGGGUCUCCUGCGAAGUAAUAAAGAUUACACGAACACGAAGCCACGUUUCCUUCGAUUAUGGAUACACGAAUGUUUCCGGGUCUUUGGCGACAGAUUAACUGAGGAAAAAGAUCGCGAUUGGUUCAUGAAUCAGGUAACAGAAAUGUUGGGUAAACACUUCGAGCUGACCUUCCACGCCGUCUGCCCUACCAAGAGCCCUCCACUGUUCGGACAUUUCCUAAAUCCCUUCGAAGUUUACGAUGAUAUAAAUGACCCUGAGGUCUUAAGAAAGUAUAUCGCCAACCAGCUGGAGGAGUACAACAGUAGCCCUGGUGUGGUGAAGAUGGACUUGGUAUUAUUCAAAGACGCUAUAGAACAUGUGUGCCGCAUCACCCGCGUUAUUUCACAGCCCCGUGGCAAUAUGCUCUGUGUCGGCAUAGGUGGUUCUGGUCGUCAGAGCUUGACUCGCCUGGCUUCGUACAUCUGUGAGUGCAACUCGUUCCAAGUCGUCGUCACCAAGACCUACGGUGUCAAGGAUUUCCGUGAGGAUCUAAAGAUUUUAUAUACGAGCUGCGGCGUCGACGCGAAGCAGACGACAUUCAUCUUCAACGACACGCAGAUUGUUGAGGAGAGCUUUACUGAAAUAAUGAACAACCUGCUCAGCAGCGGGGAGAUUACCAAUCUGUACAAACCCGACGAAUUUGAAGAUAUAAAGCAAGCGCUGGAGAAGGCAAUGAAGCACGCCAAUAUAAUGCAGACCACGGAGUCCGUGUACUUGUUCCUGGUGGACCGCGUGCGCAGCAACCUGCGCAUUGUGCUUUGUUUCAGCCCCAUUGGCGAGGAGUUUAGGAACCGCAUCCGGCAGUACCCGGCGUUGAUCAACUCUACUACCACCAACUGGUUCCUGGAGUGGCCGCGAGAGGCGCUGCUCGAAGUCGCAUAUAAGUUCUUAGCUGGCGUCGAACUGCUCGCCUCCAUCACUGGACAGAGGGUGAGACGCAAGGAGUCGGUAGUGGAGAGUCGCGAGGAGACUCUGCGGGCGUCGGUGGCGUCCAUCAUGUCGCUGGUACACUCCUCAGUAGGACGUCACUCUGUACGCAUGUGGAACGAGAUGCGCCGCGUCAACCACGUCACACCCACUAACUACCUUGAGCUCGUCUCCGGGUACAAGGAAAUGCUAAAGAAUAAGCGUGAAGAAGUGGCACUUCAAGCUAAUAAGUUAAGGAACGGGUUAGGCAAAGUAGAGGAGACGACUAAACUGGUGGGGCAGAUGUCUGAAGAGUUAGCUGUGGCUAAGGCUCUAGAUGCACUCAACAAGAAAGAUAUUACAGAAGUAAAAUCCUACGCAAAGCCACCGCAAAAAGUCGAAAUGGUCAUGGAAGCGGUCCUCAUAUUAUUACAGAAGGAGCCGACGUGGGCGGAGGCGAAGCGUCAGCUAGGAGACCAGUACUUCCUGGACCGGCUGCGGGACUUUGAUAAGGAUAACAUCUCUGAUAAGACGUUAAAGAAGAUAGGCACAUACACCGCUAAGCCGGACUUCGAGCCGGAGAUCGUGGGCACGGUGUCGCUCGCCGCUAAGUCGCUCUGUCUCUGGGUGCGCGCCAUCGAGAAGUACGGCAAAGUUUACAAAAUAGUAAAACCGAAGAAAGAGCGUCUAGAGGAGGCUCUAGAGUCCCUGCGCAUGAAGCAGCAGAUCCUGGCGGAGGCGCGCGCCAAGCUGCGGGAACUGAGUGAAAUGAUCGCACGCCUGCAGAAGGAGUACGACGAGAAGCUAGCGCAGAAGGAGGAGCUCGAGAGGAAGUCUAGGAUGCUGCAGUUAAAACUUGAAAGAGCGGAGGCACUCAUCACCGGAUUGUCAGGUGAACGUGAGCGCUGGGAGAUGACAGUGGAGCGACUGGACAAGGAAUUCGACAAUCUGCCGGGCGACUGCCUCAUCGCCACCGCCUUCGUGGCCUACCUCGGACCCUUCGUCUCCGAGUACCGCGAAGAGCUCAUGGAUGACUGGUUCCGGGAGGUUUACAAUGAAGCUGUACCAGUUACAAUGGAUCUCAGCAUGAAGAACUUCCUUCUAGAUGAUGCUACGUUGAGAGACUGGAAUUAUAUGGGACUACCAGAUGAUAACUUUAGUGCUGAGAACGGCAUCAUAGUGCGUCGUGCGACGCGCUGGCCGCUGGCUGUGGACCCUCAGGGUCAGGCUCUCAUCUGGAUAUCUAGACUCGAAGAAAAUAAUGGAAUCGAAGUAGUCGAUUUCGGCCAACCAAACUAUCUGAAGGUGAUGGAGAAGUGCCUGUCAGAAGGCCUUCCUAUCCUGAUCCAGAAUGUGGGAGAGAUUCUGGACCCUUCCAUCGCACCUAUCCUGGAUAAAGCCAUUGUGAAGAUCGGGACAUCACUGGUGAUAAAAUUCAACGAGAAGAUGGUGCCUUACAACUCCAACUUCCAGCUAUACCUUACUACUAAAUUAGGCAACCCAAUCUACACACCGGAGAUCCUAACGAAGACGACGAUGGUGAACUUCGCGGUGAAGGAGCAGGGUCUGACCUCGCAGCUGCUGGGUAUCGUGGUGCGCAAGGAGCGGCCGCAGCUAGAGCAGAUGAAGGACACUCUCGUACUCUCCAUCGCAAGGGACAAGAAAGUCUUGGUUAUUAUUUAUCUAACAUAUGAAAGAAUUACAACCUCGCAGCAGGUUAAGGAGGCACUCAUCACCUCGCAGGUCACUGAGAAGGAGAUAGAUGCAGCAAGAGAAGGUUACGUGCCAGUGGCAGUGCGCGCGUCUGUGCUGUUCUUUGCGCUGAACGACCUCUCCCGCAUCGACCCCAUGUACCAGUUCUCUCUGGACGCGUACACCGACCUCUUCAUGUACUCCAUCGACCGCAGCCAGAAGUCCAGCGAGCUGGAGGACCGCAUCAACUACCUCAACGAGUUCCACACAUAUGCUGUUUAUAAGAACACGUGCCGCGCGCUGUUCGAGCGACACAAGCUGCUGCUGUCGUUCCACAUGGCGUCGCGCAUCCUCUUCCAGGCCGGCAAGCUCAACAUCAACGAGUACCUCUACCUGCUGAAGGGCGGCAUCGUCCUCGACCGCUCUGAGCAACCUGACAACCCUACCAACUGGAUACCGGAUGAAUGCUGGGAUAACAUAACGGAGUUAGACAAGAUCGCCGGCUUUCACGGCAUCAUCGACAACUUCGAGACUAUGUCUAAGGAGUGGCGCGAGUGGUACCUCACGCCCGAGCCCGAGUCACAGCCUCUCAUUGGUGACAUCAUAUACCCAUAUUGCCUACUCUUAAAUCACGAAGGAGACACACAUAAAGAGGAUCUUCCCUUCCUGGCGCCGCUGUGCUGGCUGCCGGCCCUACUCGCGCCCACAGGGUUCCUCACCGCAGUCAUGCAGACGACAGCGCGCGGCGAGGGCUGGCCCAUUGACACGCUGUGCUGGGACUUCACAGUGCUCACUAUCGAGGAACAGAACAUAAUGCGCGCGCCCCGCGACGGCGGCGUAUACAUUAGGGGCCUGUUCCUGGAGGGUGCGAGCUGGUUCAAGAAGGACGCGCACCUGCAGGACCCGCUGCCGAUGCAGCUGGUGUUCCCCAUGCCGCCCAUACACUUCAAGCCGGUCCGCGCCACCGGCAGGAGGCCUAAGAAUCGCUACACGUGUCCUUGCUACUACUACCCCUUGCGUAAGGGUGCGUUUGUGGUGGCAGUGGAGCUGGCGUCAGGCCGCGAGCCCCCCGACUUCUGGGUGAAGCGCGGCGCCGCCAUGCUCUGCACACUCGCUACUUAAGCCCCCUUAACUAAGUCCCUCCUAAACCCCCCUUCACGAAAAAGCCUUUGAUUUUAUUAUAUAAGUUUGUUUUAAUUCAUGUUAUGAUUGUUAAGCUGUUAUUAAAUUGAUUUCC